CCCGUCUUCCCCUUAAACCAACCCCACUUUGCCUUUAUUUACUCUGUUGCUAGUCAUAUAUGUCUUUGCCUUUCUUCUUCUUCUUCUUCUUCUUCUUCUUAUUUUUCCACUGUGUCUAGGGUUCUAUUGAUGCACACCAAUUUUCUUCCCUCUGAUCCAUUUUUCUCUCUUUGGUUGCUGUUACUUGUUAUAUAUAUUAAGGAGUUUUGAUGAUCAUGAAGGAUUGUGGGGAUGAUGGUGUGAAUUAUGAGUAUAAAUCAUGCCCACGAGGCCAUUGGAGGCCUGCUGAGGAUGAAAAGCUUCGUCUGUUGGUUGAACAAUACGGCGCCCAGAAUUGGAACUCGAUUGCUGAAAAACUUCAAGGCCGAUCAGGAAAGAGCUGUAGAUUGAGAUGGUUUAAUCAACUGGAUCCUAGAAUCAUCCGAAAGCCCUUUAGUGAAGAAGAAGAGGAGAGGCUUUUGGCGGCGCAUCGAAUACAUGGAAACAAGUGGUCACUCAUAGCCAGGCUAUUUCCUGGUCGAACCGACAACGCCGUCAAGAACCACUGGCAUGUCAUAAUGGCAAGAAAGCAAAGAGAACACUCCAAGCAGCUUUGCGGGAACAAGAGAAGCUACCAAGAGUUUUCAGCUAAUUCGUCUAAAUUUCUCGGCAACCAAACAGAUUUCGCAGAAGAAUUAUUCAGACCAAGUACUAGUACUACGACUACUCUUCUUGUCUCCGACAACAAUGGCUUCCUCGGAUUGCACAACCAUGAUGAAAUGGUUUGGAACUUCAAACAAGGUUCAGACAGUAAUAUUCCUAUUCUCCAUAGACAUUAUAACAAUAAUUAUCCUAAUUUUAGAACCCCUCCAACUCGAUUUUGCCUGCCAAAUAAUAAAAUUCCUUUCGGGAUUUAUAAUCUUGGUAGCGAUAAUGGUGUGAUUAAGAGAGAGUUGGAGAAGCUUUGCCCAGCCUCGACGGCGUUUGUCAAGUUUAAUAUGGACGACCAUGGCCGCCGUCAAGAACAACCACAAGAUCAAGAUGAAUCCCUUAAACCCGACAAAGAUGUUCCCUUCAUAGAUUUCCUCGGAGUGGGAAUUUCUUCUUGAUCAAGAUUUAUCAUUAUUAUUCCAUCAAUAUAAUCUUCUAAUUAAUUACUUGUUAUUA